UGCGUUGGCUAUCAGUUAUACAAAGGCUAUCAGUGAGUGCAAAAGCAUUGUGAAGUGAAUUAUUCACAAAAAAAAGCGUUUGAUCAGAAAAAAACAUUUCUCUAUACAAAGUGAAAAGUUUAUCUGAAUUGAAAGCUAUUUAUUGUAGAAUCUUUUACUGAACCGGUGAAUCGUCAAUCGUCUGUGAAGAAAGUUUGAAAAAAAUCCGCCAAGAUGCCAGAAGCCGCCGGAGAGGUCGAAACCUUCGCGUUCCAGGCUGAGAUCGCUCAGCUGAUGUCGCUGAUCAUCAACACGUUCUACUCGAAUAAGGAAAUCUUCUUGCGAGAGCUGAUCUCCAACUCUUCCGAUGCCCUGGACAAAAUUCGUUAUGAAUCGUUGACGGAUCCCUCAAAAUUGGACAGUGGCAAGGAAUUGUACAUCAAGAUCAUUCCAAAUAAAGAAGCCGGCACUCUGACCAUCAUUGAUACUGGUAUCGGAAUGACCAAAACCGAUUUGGUGAACAAUUUGGGUACAAUUGCCAAGUCCGGAACUAAGGCAUUCAUGGAAGCAUUGCAGGCUGGAGCUGACAUCAGUAUGAUCGGUCAGUUUGGUGUGGGUUUCUAUUCGGCUUAUCUGAUCGCUGAUCGGGUUGUUGUGACUUCCAAGAGUAACGACGACGAACAGCACGUGUGGGAAUCAUCCGCUGGAGGUUCGUUCACUAUUCGUACUGACAACGGCGAACCGCUAGGUCGUGGAACCAAGAUCGUGUUGCACAUCAAGGAAGAUCAGUUGGAAUAUCUGGAAGAGAGCAAAAUCAAAUCCAUCGUCAACAAACAUUCUCAAUUCAUCGGCUAUCCGAUCAAGCUGCUGGUAGAGAAGGAACGCGAGAAGGAAGUCAGCGACGAUGAAGCCGAGGAGGAAAAAGAGGAUAAGAAGGACGAAGAUAAGAAAGAUGACGAGCCAAAGAUUGAGGAUGUUGAGGACGAUGAAGAUAAGAAAGACAAAAAGAAGAAGACCGUCAAGGUUAAGUACACAGAAGACGAGGAACUCAACAAAACCAAGCCGAUUUGGACUCGUAAUGCGGAUGAUAUCUCGCAGGAAGAAUACGGUGAGUUCUACAAAUCGCUCACCAACGACUGGGAGGAUCAUUUGGCAGUGAAGCACUUCUCCGUGGAAGGUCAGCUAGAUUUCCGUGCACUUUUGUUUGUGCCCCGUCGAAUGCCGUUUGAUCUAUUCGAGAACAAGAAGAAGAAGAACAAUAUCAAACUGUACGUCCGACGUGUCUUCAUCAUGGACAACUGCGAAGAAUUGAUCCCAGACUACCUGAAUUUCAUCAAGGGUGUGGUCGAUUCGGAAGAUCUUCCGCUGAACAUCUCACGUGAAAUGUUGCAGCAGAACAAAAUCUUGAAGGUCAUCCGCAAGAACCUGGUGAAAAAAUGUAUGGAACUGUUCGAGGAACUUUCGGAAGACAAGGAGUCCUACAAGAAAUUCUACGAUCAGUUCAGCAAGAAUUUGAAAUUGGGUGUUCACGAAGAUAGCCAGAAUCGUCAGAAGUUGGCCGAUCUUUUACGCUUCAAUACGUCCGCAUCUGGUGACGAGUACUGUUCAUUGGCCGAUUAUGUUGGCCGCAUGAAGGAAAACCAGAAACACAUUUACUUCAUUACCGGUGAAAGUAUCGAACAAGUUAAGAACUCCGCAUUCGUCGAACGAGUUAAGAAACGUGGAUUCGAAGUCAUCUACAUGACGGAAGCCAUCGAUGAAUACGUUAUUCAGCAGUUGAAGGAAUACCAAGGCAAGCAGUUGGUUUGCGUAACCAAGGAAGGCCUGGAGCUGCCAGAAGACGAAGCCGAGAAAAAGAAGCGAGAAGAAGAUAAGGCUAAAUUCGAGAACCUUUGCAAGGUUAUGAAAUCAGUGCUGGACAGCAAGGUCGAGAAGGUUGUCGUUUCGAAUCGGCUGGUUGAUUCGCCAUGUUGUAUUGUCACCUCGCAGUAUGGUUGGUCGGCCAAUAUGGAACGUAUCAUGAAAGCUCAAGCUCUUCGGGACUCGUCCGCAAUGGGUUACAUGGCUGGUAAGAAGCAUUUGGAGAUCAAUCCAGACCAUUCUAUUGUGGAAACCCUGCGACAACGGGCAGAAGCUGAUAAAAAUGACAAAGCCGUUAAGGAUCUGGUCAUCCUGCUAUUUGAGACUGCUCUGCUUUCUUCUGGUUUCUCGCUGGACGAGCCUGGAGUUCAUGCUUCUCGCAUUUACCGCAUGAUCAAGUUAGGCUUGGGCAUCGAUGAGGACGAUACGAUGAGCACCGAAGAAACUGCUCCAGCUGCUGGCGGCGAUGCUCCUCCGCUAGUUGACGACUCCGAAGAUGCUUCACACAUGGAGGAAGUGGACUAGACUGCUUACUAACCGACGGAACUUAAACCUGAGUAUGAUUCAAAGUACAGAAUAAUACUUUUCCCAUUCAGUUUGUGUGAAAGAUGUGAUUGGUUCUUUAGUUAGGUCUCCUAACCGCGUGCUAAGGUUUUAUUAUGUUUGUUCCGCGUUAUAGCGGCUGCAAAGAUGAUGUGUACAUUCUUGUCAUUUAAUUUUACUAUUGUUACUUAGCAAAUUAAAGGCUUAGGUAUUAUCGCCUGGAAAAAUCAUCUUGAACUGAUUACAUUUAAAUUAAAUUUGUCAUACGUUCCGGUAAAAGAGUCAAAUAAACUAAGUUUAUAAAUA